AGGCGGUGGCAGAGAAGGAGAAGGCGGCCCGAAGGCGGAGGGCGGCGCGGGCGCUGCUGCGGGGAAAGGAUGAGUCGGUCCUAAGGGAAGGCGGCCGCCGAGGGAGCUUCCACCGCUCAGCAGAACAGCCGCCGCCGAAGCUGGGGCUCAACUAGAAGAUUCCACCAUCUACUGGAAAAGAUGGGCAACGUGGAAAGCAACAGCUCCUACCAGAAGCACCUCUUGAGGUUUCUUCCCGACGAACAAGCGGACAUUGAUGCUGUCUUUGGCUCCUUGUGUGGGGUGGACGAUGCCGUUGCCGCAAAGACAGGAAAAGCAGCCAAGAGGGGACUGUCCCUGGCGACGCUUAAGGCCCAUGUCAAGGAUGCUCUGCCCGAAUCAAUGGUUGUUAGGCUGUAUGAUGGGAUGAAGAGCAUCCAGCUGACUGAGAAAUCACCUGUGCCCAAUGCCCCAGUGGGGAAGGAGCAGUUCGUUGUCUUUAUGUCCUUGCUUUUGAAAGGCAAUGCUGAAGAAAAAAGGGGCAUCAUCAUGAAAAUGAUAUCGAAGACUGGAGGGUCUGUGAAGGGAAGCCAAAUCCUUGAGUUUUCAGAGGACCUGGUUGGCUCUGUAGUUCAUGUCCUGAGCCAUAGGAAGGAGCUGAAGGGUUGGAAUCUGAAGAACAUGCAAAAUUCCUCCGCUGGAGUGAAAGCUUUGGCUUCCCAGCUUAUCUCUGGACUGAAAUCAGCAGAUGGGAAGAGAAUUGAGGGAGCUCAGGCGCUGGAUGCCACCUACGAUGAGUGUAGCAUUGAGGACUGGGUCUUCCAGGUGCCGCAAGUCUCCGUUUUCCUCAGCGUCAUCGUCCAGCAAGGGCUGCUGACCUUGCAUUCCCUCCCAGAUCAAGGCAGGGAUGCUCUCCAAUUGCUCCCGGAGUGCAAAGGCAUUAAAGGAAACCGUUUUGUCAGCCUCCUGGACAUCCCUUCCAUCACAUACAUCAACUCCCACCUGCCUUCUGAACUCCAGCACGAGUGGAAGCUGCUCUUUGCCUCUCGUCUUCAUGGGGAGAGCUUUACGCAGCUGUGUGGGCACAUUGUGAACAAGGGCCCCUGUAUCCUGGUCUUGCGAGAUGCUGAUGGCUACAUAUUUGGUGGGUUUUCUUCGUGCUCCUGGGAAGUGAAGCCUCAGUUUCAAGGCAACAACGCAUGCUUUUUGUUUUCCAUUUCUCCUGCACUCGGGGUGUUCACCUACACGGGCUACAAUGACCACUACAUGUAUUUGAAUCAUGGGCAGCAGACAAUGCCAAAUGGACUUGGUAUGGGCGGACAACAUGAAUACUUCGGCCUCUGGGUAGACGGUAACUAUGGGAAGGGCCACAGCAAAGCCAAGCCAAAGUGCACCACGUACAACAGCCCUCAACUCUCAGCCAAGGAGAACUUCACGCUGGAUGCCAUGGAGGUGUGGGCAGUGGGAGGCCUCCCAGAAAAUGCUACCGGCAAAGGGCAGAAGAGCAUCCUGGAUGCAGACCCCGAGGCUCAAGCCUUGCUGGAGAUGAUUGGAAAGAGCCGUCAGAGUGAUGGAUUGCGGGCACCGGAUGAAGAUGGAGACAGUAACAACUCAGAAUAAAGCUUGGAAGCUUUUGCCUGAGCACAGAGUGAAGAGUUUCCUGCAGCGGGUGGGGGACUCUUUGAGCCCUAUAUUACCAACUUGUGACAACUACCGUAUAGACUUGACUAUAAGUUGACCCCACAUAUAAGUCGAGUGCAGGUUUGGGGGCCAAAAUUAGAGAUUUUGAUAUGACCCAUGGAUAAGUCAAGGGUAAACUGAGCAACAUGUGACAAAGGAUGUAAAGA